UAACAAAAUGGUAAGUGUCGCUUAAAAUGUGAGCUAUGAGCCACAAUAGAACUAUUUUAUCAGCCCUUUAUUAAUUCCGACCAGUGAAUUAAAGGGUGUUUACCAGUAAAUUUGGAGACCUUCUUGCUUAAAUUUUAUUAAAAUUUGGAAUUAAAUAGGUAAAAGCGUUACAUUUGAUUCCUAAUCCCAACAUCUGAACACUUUUUAGGAUCCGGCAAACAACGAAAGUACUGACCAUGGCUCUCUAGAGCCAGUAUCCGAGCUACUCAAGCUGAAGGAAGGAAAUAUUUUUGCCCAUUUGGGCCUUAUCAGGCCUGGAAUGAAUAUCGGUGGGAAGCUCAAUAAUACUAAUGUUCGAAGAGCCUGAAAUGCUGCUAAAAGAAUCUGAAGAAUUAAUAAAGAGGCCUCUCCUCAGAGAAUUAUGAAAUCGACCACAGUAAAAAAUCUUACUACAAUUAGCGAUUUGGUUAAAAGUCCCAUCAAAAAUAGGGGGCAUAUAAAGCAAGCUUUAGCCAUGAUGGGAGACAGAUUCCAUGGGACCCUUCGUGGUCAGAGGAUGAUCAAGAAGGCCCUAAACCUGCGUGACAUUGAACUUCCGCUGCAGACAUGAGAGCCUGAGAAUGAUGAUUCCUCAAAACUUCUGGAGAUCGACAAAUUCAUAAAAACAUACAAAAAGGCGAGCUCAAAGAAGCACAAGAAGACUAGUCUUAGAGACCUCAUUGGGGAUGAUAUCAAAAGGUUUAAAAUUCACCAGAGGAAGAUCUCAUACUUUAACAAAGCUAGAAGGGGACUUAGUAAGAAGAGUCGGCCUCAAGCUGGGAGUGAAGAGGAUGAAGAAGAGCUUUGGAAGCCGAAGCUCCCGCUCAUCUUCAAGCCAGAUGAAUCUGAUCAGAGCAAGAGCGUCAAUCAGACACCGAAUGUAUCUAUGACACCCAAACCUAGACAUUUUCUGAUUACUAAAAAUCCUGAUAUGAGUAUGAAGAAUUUGAGGUCUACAAAUACUUCGCAGACAGAUAUUGCUUUGUCAGCUACCUCUACUAGCCAAACAAUUUCGUCUAAGGUCCAUCUCACUCCUAGGAAGAAGAUGUUUUUAACCAAGAUAGACACCGGCAGGCACAGAAAAGGUCUCCAGAGCUCAUACGAGCUUGAAAAAGUUCAGGAAGAAAUAGCUUUAAUGAACUUGAAAGUUCUUGACAAAAUCAAGGAAAGCAGUCGCAAGAAGCUCCUACCUACUUUGAGUCCUAAUAAGCGUAGGCGUGAUCGGAGCCAGGAUAAAGAUGUUCGAAGGAAGCUUAAAAAUGGCAGCUCAGACUUAUAGAAACUCGGCACUGUAUAUUAUUCAUAUAUUACCAGUCUG